AACCUCUUACCAUGUCAUCCUUUUUCCUCCAUUUAUAGCCCCAUUCCGAAGCUUCCAUUCCUCACCAUUACACAAAACCCAUCUAAUUAUUCAAACAAAUUUUCUCUUUGCAUUAUUUUUCCUUCUUUAAUUCCCAAUAUGAAGAACUCCGGCGAUUCCACUGUCAUCGACGUGCCCCCAACUGCUGGCAGCAGCAGCAAAAAGAAAGCGGUUGUUUCCACAGCUGCUCCCCAGCAAGCCAGUGGAGGGGUGAAGCGGGGGCUCUCCAUAUUCGACUUCGUCAUCAGGCUUGGCGCUUUGGGCGCCGCCUUGGGAGCCGCCGCGGCCAUGGGAACAAGUGAUGAAACUCUCCCUUUCUUCACUCAGUUCUUCCAGUUUGAAGCUAGCUAUGAUGAUCUCCCUACUUUUCAAUUCUUCCUCAUAGCAAUGGGAAUUGUAGCAGGCUACCUGGCUCUCUCGUUACCUUUCUCGAUCGUUUGCAUUGUCCGCCCCGGUGCAGUCGGACUCCGAUUGCUUCUUCUCAUCCUCGACACCGUGGUUCUCACAUUGGCGACGUCAGCAGCCGCCGCCGCAGCCGCCAUAGUGUACCUGGCCCACGACGGCAACUCCAGCACCAACUGGCUGGCGAUCUGCGACCAGUUCGAAGAUUUUUGCCAGAAUAUUAGCGGUGCGGUGAUCGGCGCUUUCAUUGCUGCCCUUCUGAUGAUGUUCCUCAUCUUGUUAUCUGCUUUUGCCAUCAGAAACACUCACUAAACGCCGCCGGCGGGGGUAGCGGACGUUCACCGGUCCGAUCUUUGUGUUAAAUAUUUCGUAUUGAAUGUCUUUGUGUUGUAAUUUUACCCUUUCCCCCUUCUAAUCACUCUCUGUCUUGGUUUGGUUGGUCAUGGAAAAUUUGGUUAAAUAUUAAAAGUGUAAUUUUUGUGCUUAA